UUACAGGCGUGAGCCACUGGUGCCUGGCUCAAAUGCCAUUUUAAGAACUAAAAUUUAACUCGAAAGACAACAGUUUAGGUGGGAGGUAAUGAAGGUCUGAACAGGACCUUAGAAAUUGGGCAUAAGGAAGAGAAUAUCUGAAGGCCACUCCUAAUGGUAAGGCAUGUGGUCACUGACAGAUCAAUGGAAAAGCCACCACUGCUGAUUCCAGCCAGUAGGCCCCUUUCUAUCUUAACAGGUUCCAGGGACCACAAAAGUUCUGUCCAUCCAUUAUUCUAAGGUGAAGCCAGUUACAUUGCUCUCUUGGGUUUAAGGAAUCUGCAAACAAUGUCCCCUCGCAGGAAACUUGACUAAUGAUGGGCCAAACAGGAUGAAGGGCCUGGAGUGUGCACCCUUGCAUUCCACCAGCACCCAAACUCCACAAAAAGAGGAUACUGAAGCACACAGUACUGCCAACCCAUCUUUCUCCUUCUGCCAGAGGGAGUGAAAUGUGGCUGGGGAUGUAGAGUGGAAUCUGACUAAUCUUGUGCUUUGUCCCAUUUCCACUACUCCCUACCCCUAGGUUUUGAUAAUGCCCCAGGGCCUGUAAGCUUCCAAUUCCCUUCCAGUAUGCCAAUUUCAGACUUUGUCCUGGCCCUGAAGGACAAUCCUUACUUUGGGGCUGGAUUUGGACUGGUGGGUGUGGGCACGGCCCUGGCUCUGGCCCGGAAAGGAGCCCAAUUGGGCCUGGUGGCAUUCCGGCGUCAUUACAUGAUCACACUGGAAGUCCCUGCUCGAGACAGGAGCUAUGCCUGGUUGCUUAGCUGGCUCACCCACCACAGUACCCGUACUCAGCACCUCAGUGUCGAGACUUCGUACCUUCAGCAUGAAAGUGGCCGCAUUUCCACCAAGUUUGAAUUUAUCCCCAGCCCUGGAAAUCACUUCAUCUGGUAUCAGGGGAAAUGGAUCCGAGUAGAACGAAGACGAGAUAUGCAGAUGGUAGACUUGCAGACAGGGACUCCUUGGGAAUCUGUCACCUUCACAGCCCUGGGCGCUGAUCGCAAGGUUUUCUUCAACAUCCUGAAGGAAGCUCGAGAUCUAGCCUUGAAACAGGAGGAAGGGAAGACAGUGAUGUACACAGCUGUGGGAUCUGAAUGGCGUCCCUUUGGUUAUCCACGCCGGCGGCGACCAUUGAAUUCUGUAGUUCUACAACAAGGUCUGGCAGACCGAAUUGUCAGAGACAUCCGGGAAUUCAUUGAUAACCCCAAGUGGUACAUUGAUAGAGGCAUUCCAUACAGACGUGGCUACCUGCUUUAUGGGCCCCCUGGUUGUGGAAAGAGCAGUUUUAUCACAGCCCUGGCUGGGGAACUGGAACACAGUAUCUGCUUGCUGAGUCUCACAGACUCCAGCCUCUCUGAUGACCGGCUCAACCACCUACUGAGUGUAGCCCCACAGCAAAGCCUGGUGCUCCUGGAGGACGUGGAUGCUGCUUUUCUCAGUCGAGACCUGGCUAUGGAGAACCCUGUAAAGUACCAAGGUCUAGGUCGCCUCACCUUCAGUGGACUGCUCAAUGCCUUGGAUGGUGUGGCUUCCACUGAAGCACGCAUUGUGUUCAUGACCACCAACCACGUUGACAGGCUGGACCCUGCCCUGAUACGUCCUGGGCGAGUAGAUUUGAAGGAGUAUGUCGGCUACUGCUCACACUGGCAGCUGACCCAGAUGUUCCAGAAGUUCUAUCCAGGACAAGCACCUUCCUUGGCUGAGACCUUCGCAGAACAUGUCCUUCAAGCUACAACCCAGAUCAGUCCUGCCCAGGUGCAGGGCUACUUCAUGCUGUAUAAAAAUGACCCUGCAGGGGCCAUUCACAAUGCUGAAUCUCUGAGGUGAUCCAGUAGGCCAUACUCACAUUUCCUCCUCAAGGAAUUCAAUAAACACCUACCACACUA